CAUAGCUGAGCCGAAAUCUAGCAACCGCUAUGCAGAUUUACCGGCGUACAGGAGGAGAGUCGCGCGGCCACGAGGUGCUGAUCUUUGAACGGCUCUUCAUGCGGGAAGCGCAGGAGGUGGAAACAUCAUUUUAUCGACUUUGUUCAGACUACCUGAGAGAUAAAAACACUGCUUGAGUUCAUGGAAUGAUACCAGACUGCCUGGUCUUAUUUACACGCAGAACUGCUGGAUUUAGGUUAUUAUUUAUAUAUAUUUUUUAACUUAACUACAGCUGAGGGGUUGCGACACUAUACAAACGGAUACCAGAUAAACCAGGAACAUGGGCGAACGAUUUCUUUUGGAUGUUUUGACUUUCUACGGUGAUAACAGUUCACUGUCGACUACAAACUUUGAAAACUUUCUAACCCUCCUGACCUCCCGCCGAGCGCCAGCAUCAGUAGACAGCGCGGAGAAUCCCUUCAGGCAUGCUGAGUGUUUGUCUGCCUCAGAUCUUCUGGAUGCUUUUGUGCUCUCUAAUGCAUCUAAGCUGACUGUGGAUCAACUUCAGCUCAUAUGCCCUGCUGUUCUUACCCAGGUUCUGCUCCCUUCCUGCCCUUACAUGCCCGCAUCGACUAUAACCAUCGACCCUCAAGUUUGGGGCUAUAGUUUUUUGGCUGUUACACUAAUUAACUUGGCUUCUCUACUGGGAUUGCUCUUAGUUCCCUUGACUAAGAAAUCCUACUUCCCAAAAGUGCUCACGUACUUCAUCGGGGUGGCAAUAGGAACAUUAUUCUCCAAUGCUGUAUUGCAACUUAUCCCUGAGGCUCUUGGAUUUGACCCGAAAGUUGAUAACUACAUAUCAAAUGCGAUAGGGAUUUUUGGAGGUUUCUACCUCCUGUACUUUACUGAAAGAAUUUUAAAAUUAGCACUGAAAGCAGAUCAUGAGCACUGCCACAACCAUUUCCCGUCACUGCAGGCUAAUGAUGUAACCAUCACAAACUUCAGCAAUGACAUUGUCAUAACAAACAUGACAAGUGACAUCAUCACAAAUAAUGUGGCCAACCAUGAGGUCCGACCAAACAGCCCCAGUGAGAAACCAAGCCAGCCAACCAUGAACGCACCCAAUGAACAGGAGUCAGGCAAUCUAGUGGGAUGUCGCUGGCUGAGAGGGCAAACAGUUUCAAAUAUAAAAACAGUGGCUUGGAUGAUCACUCUGAGUGAUGGAUUGCAUAAUUUUAUAGAUGGACUGGCCAUUGGAGCCUCCUUCACUGUCUCCCUUCUAACUGGCUUCAGUACCUCUAUAGCCAUUGUCUGUGAGGAGUUUCCUCAUGAACUAGGUGACUUUGUGAUUCUCUUGAACUCUGGUAUGAGCGUCCCUCAGGCUGUGUUUUUUAACCUUCUCUCUGCUAUGUGCUGUUAUUUGGGCUUGGUUCUGGGCAUCUUGCUGGGCAGCAACUUUGCUCCAAAUCCCAUUUUUGCCAUUGCUGGUGGAAUGUUUCUUUACAUUGCCCUGGCAGACAUGUUUCCAGAGAUGAAUGAAAUAAUGAGUACACAUUCCAGAGGCCGCAGAGAGAAGAUCGUAUUCUUUCUGUUUCAAAAUGGUGGCCUGCUAACCGGCUUUUCCAUUAUCCUCCUCAUCACCAUGUUUGCCGGAGACAUCAAUCUGGGAUAAACGGAAUUUGAAGAAUGCGAAGGGCUAAGGAGAACAAUGAAUAUAUUCUUUGUUUAACACAAUAAUAUAUCUCUGGUAACAUUGUACUACUAGGAAAAAAAGGAAAUUAUAGAUUAUUUUAGUGUAAUUCAUCUCAGCACAGGGCCAUCAACACAAAGAUUCUCCUGUUUGUUGCCACCCCUUUGAAAAGUUUUCUUCACUGUCACUAGGUCUACAGACUUGGCUUGUGGGUACCUAAACAAUAUAAACUACUUUGGCAACUCUUCCAGGGAGUUCUUUCCAGUGACAGAGAGCAGAGACAGGCCACUGUUUUAAUAUGAAUGGGCUACUGUGUAAAUCUCAACAUGGCAACUGUAUUCAAUCCUUGUUGGUUGGUUAAAGAUGCUAAGCAAAAAAUGUUUGGGCAAUGGAAUUUUUACACUCACACAUGUCUACAAAGGGGAAUGCUGUAAAAAAAAAAAAACUCUUUGGCACAUUUUUUCUUUU